AGAUAUGCCUAUGGAACUAUCUGUUUUUCCUUUUCCUCAGGGCAGAAUCCACAAAUACAGACAUCCAACUGGCCCAGGAAAUGCAUCAGACAAUUCUUUCCCAGGCGGAAGUGUUUUGUCUUUGACUGGCCAGUGAGGGACCCACAACUUCUAGCCAUGCUUGAGAGUAUACCGGAAAGCCAACUGAAUCCUAAAUUCCAGAAGCAAUCAAAGGCUUUCUGUGCUCAUAUCUACACCCAUGCAAGUGCCAAGAAACUGAGAGACGGAAUCCUGGUCACUGGGCCCCGACUGGGGACUCUGGUGCAGACCUACGUGGACGCCAUCAACAGCGGGGCAGUACCUUGCUUGGAGAAUGCAGUGAGGACCCUGGCUGAGCGUGAGAACUCCAUAGCUGUGCAGAAGGCAGCUGACCACUACAGUGAGCAGAUGGCCCAGCGAGUGAGGCUCCCCACGGACACGCUCCGGGAGCUGCUGAAUGUGCACACAGCCUGCGAGAAGGAAGCCAUCGCUGUCUUCAUGGAGCACUCCUUCAAGGACGACCAGUGGACCUUCCAGAAGAAGCUUGUGGCCACCAUAGAGGAAAGGAAGAAAGCUUUUAUGCAACAGAACGAAGCAGCGUCUCUCAGUCACUGCCAGGCUGAGCUGGAGAAGCUUUCAAAGACCCUGAUGGAGAGCAUCUCUCGUGGAGCCUUCUCUGUUCCCGGGGGACACAGCCUCUACUUAGAAGCCAGGAAGAAGGUUGAGCGGGACUACCAGCGGGUGCCCAGGAAGGGAGUGAAGGCAAGUGAGGUCUUCCAGAACUUCCUGAAGUCACAGCUCAUGAUGGAAGAGUCCAUCCUGCAGUCAGAUAAAGCCCUCACGGAUGAACAGAAAGCCAGGGCAGAGGAGAGGGCCAAGAAGGAAGCGGCUGAGAGGGAGACGAAGCUAAUGAUGCAGAAACAGAAGGAGCACAAGGAGGCAAUGGAUGCGCACAUCAGAAGCCGGUCAGAAAACAUUUCCCAGCUGGAGAACAAGAUGCAGAGGGAAAAGGACAAGUAUCUGAGAGAGCAGGAGAGGGUGCUGGAUCACAAGAUGAAGGCCUUAAGAGAACUACUUCUUGAAGGAGUUGAGGAGAAAUUCGACGAUUUAAGAAGAGAAAUAAAGCUAAUGGAGGAAGAGAUUGAAGCCAUGAAAAGCAGCCCGCCUCAAAAUAUUCUUGAUAUCGUUGGUAAUAUAUUCGGUGAAUCACUUCCAAUGCUGUUUAAAAAAGGGUGGCAGAUACUCAGCAAUUUUAUAGCAGGCAAAGACCCCAGUCAAACACAGUACUAAGGCCUCCUGUGUGAUUGCAACACAGUUAUAUAUACCUUCGUAGUGCUUAUAUUACCAUGGAUCCAUUCAAUAGCAGUUUCAAAUUAAGAAUGAUCAAAGGACGUCAGAGACCAACAGGUCCUCCACCAAAAAAGUAGAAAGUCAAUUAUAAUUUUAUUAUGUCAGUAGAAAUUCUUCAUGAAAAUGAUUUAGCUAAGGUACAAAGUCAAAUAGUCCACCCAUUAUAUCAAAUAGUCUCCCCAACAUUAGUGCCUAAACACGAUCUGGACCAAUACAACAAGUAAUAUGCCAAAGUGAAUAGGAAAAAAGCCUUUGAGAUCUGUACUUGACAGAUAACUAAGGAAAGCUGCGAGCAGGAGAAAUAGUCUUCCCCAGGGAAGAGCACACCAACUGACUGUCCAGCAGCACAUGGUCAGCCCUGAAAACAUACACACAGGUUACAGUCGUGUACAGACUGAGCACCUUAUGUUUAAGAAUAUAUAUAUAUGUAUUUGCAUAUGCAUUUACGUAGGCUGUAACAAUUAAUAAAAAAGGGCCAUCAAUUUGAAAGGGACCACUGUGGGGUUUAUUGGGAGGGUUUGGAGGUAUGAAAGGAAAGGGAGAAAAGUUGUAACUGUAGUUUCAAUAAUUAAAACAGUUAAAAAAAGGUAAAUGUUUGCAGCGCCUAAUUCAGUUCUGUGCGUUAUUUAUCAUAAGCAUUUGUGAGAAAAGACUACCAACCAUAUUUUUAAUGGGCAUAAAUGUGAAAAAUGUAUGUUUUGGUUAUAUAAAAUCCUGUAAAGUAUAA